GGCUUUUAUGAUCAGAUUGUUUGCGUGGAUUGUCUUAUCAAAGUAGUCAAUGGUUUGUGCAAUUGCCAUCAUUGUUGGCUGAAAUGUUGUGAUUAAAAAUCCGAAGAAUAUAUUCCAAUACGGAAUAUUUCCCAUAAUGCACAGAAAAGUAAGGUGACAGCCCCCAUUUCUGCAUAUGUGUUGGUGAAGUGUGUAUGUGUAGAAAAUGUAUCGAAUCGAAUGCUUUUCUUAACCAAAACUCGAAAACAUGAAUGGGGUUCCGACUUCAUUAAUGCCAAUCUGUUUCAGAGCCUGCUACCAUGGAACAUCCUUGUGUUUGAUAAAAACUCCGAUAAAAAAGGGGUCGCCGCAUGCUUUGUUCCCUCGCUAUCCUACCGCACGCACGUCGAGCAUAGGAAAAAGUGAACGAAGAAACGUGUGUGGUGAUUGUAAACACAGCAAGCGGCAGCCUACUGGGUGGGAGGAAACGAAGAGCGAUGAUGACGACCGGUUCGAGUUUAAAGAGCCGCACGCGGCACUUGCUCUCUCGGUGCUUGCUGCAGCAUAAAUUUACCUCCACACGAAGCAGAGCAAAACAUAAAGCAUAAACUGCUAUCCUUCGGCAGUUCUUACAGAAGGGGUGUUUAAAUGGCUAGGCGCCGUCAGUCGUUACCCUGGUGUCAUUAACAAACACUCGGCACACUGGCGGACACGAUCAGCAUAAUGGACGCGGUCGAGGAGAUGGACCUGAUCGAGGAUGACAACAUCACCGGUGCGUCCGACGACGAUGACGACGACAAUCCAAGUAGUCCGGGCAGCGCGUACGACGACGGCACCAACCUGAUCAAUGUGGCCAUGGAAAACGAAGUUACCGCACAGUUGGUGGCAGCCGGCGUAGUAGGCGUUGCAGCGGCAGCCGCCAUCACAUCGUCCAAGAAGAAGAAACGGCCGCACUCGUUCGAGACGAAUCCCUCCAUCCGGAAGCGACAGCAGAACCGAUUGCUCAGGAAGUUGAGGCAAACCAUCUUCGAGUACGCCACUCGAGUCGGCCAGCAGGCGGUCGUCUUGGUGGCCACUCCCGGCAAGCCGAACAACAUUUUCAAAGUUUUCGGUGCAAAACCGCUAGAGGACGUGCUGAAAAACCUCCGCCCAAACGUGAUGGACAAACUGGACGAAGCUCUGGCAGCGCAAGCCCCACCCCGAGUUCAGGACGAUCCGUCGUUGUUCGAGCUGCCUCCGCUGAUCAUCGACGGCAUUCCGACGCCGGUGGAGAAAAUGACCCAGGCCCAAUUGCGAGCGUUUAUUCCACUGAUGCUGAAGUACUCCACUGGACGGGGAAAGCCCGGUUGGGGACGGGAUUCGACGCGUCCCGCCUGGUGGCCCAAGGAACUUCCCUGGGCAAAUGUCCGGAUGGAUGCUCGAACGGAAGAUGAGAAGCAGAAGAUAAGUUGGACGCAUGCAUUGCGAAAGAUUGUUAUCAACUGCUACAAGUACCACGGCAGAGAAGACCUACUUCCAGCAUUCAGCGAAGAGGAUGAAAAGGCAAACGCCAUAGCAACGGCCAAUUCCAAUGUUGAGCAGAUCAAGAUUCAGAACACAAACGUCAUAACGACCACCACCACGGGAGGAAACUCCUUGGCAAGUAGUAGCACAACCGGCGGUCAGCAGAUCGUCAUCCAGCACCAGCCGGCUCAGGCGACCAUCACGGCCACUGCAGCGGCCACUCCCCACCAAACGACACAGAUCAUCAAGGAGGUCUCGGACGGGACGAUUCAAAUCCAGCAGCACCCGUCCCCUACGCAGACCCUGAAUGCGCAGGUUUGCCUCGACUCGAUGGCGCUAAGCGAUGUGGAUUACACGCACACAGUACUUCAAACAAUCCAGAACCCGGACGGAACCGUUUCCAUCAUCCAGGUCGAUCCCAACAAUCCAAUCAUUACACUUCCAGACGGAACAACGGCACAAGUGCAAGGCAUUGCAACGCUACAAGCCCAAAACGAUACCGGAGUACACACGAUCCAGACUAUUUCCGAUGGACAAGGUGAAAGCAUGUCGGUGGAUCUGACCGAAGCCACCCUUGGACAGGAUGGGCAGCUAAUCAUCACCGGUGAAGAUGGUCAAGAGUAUUCAUACUCCGGAUUCCCGGUAAGUGGAAUGAUAACAGUUCCAGUGUCAACCCAGAUGUAUCAGACCAUGGUCGCCAACAUCCAGCAGUUACCGAACGGAAACGAAACGGUGUGCAUAACGCCCAUGCAGGUACAUAACCAAAGCCAGACAGUGAAUCUUAACAACCGGACGACUGUACCCACGCAAAACGUGACCAUUUCAACCAGCAGUAGUAAUAAUGCCAAUGUCAGUAACCUAACCUACAAUAGUCUCCUUCAGAGCAACGGUACUUUCAAUAUCAAUCACCUCAAGAGGCCUCGGAGCGAUUCGAGUAUUGCUAACGUUAGCGUAGCUAAUGCUGCCGCCAGCAUAACCCGUCGAAACCAAAUUGACCAAAUCAAUCAAAUGCUAGCAAACCAAAGUAAGAAAAUCAAUGUGAUAGCAAAUAACAAUAAUAAUAACAUCCAAAACGCCCUCAAUAACAACAUUAAAAUUAGUCUCUCGAAAGAAGCGACCGGCGAGUCGGAAGAACCGAGCCAAAAAUCCACUUCCUCUGCCACUCCAACCCCAACGGUUUCUGCCCUGUCUCAGGGUAUCGUCAUCCAACUGAACGGGGCCAUCCUGAACAAGGAUGUAGACCUCUCGGCGGUCAUCGAAAAGCAAAUCCAGCUGGUGAAGCAAGAACGCGAAGCGGCACAGCUGAGGAGUCAGCAGUCACCUCAGCAAGCGCUGCCGACGACGCAACAAGACGAUAACUGCUCGCCUACUGUGCCCAGUUCGAUCAAAAUGGAGGAAGCCAGUCCGGAGCAUGGGAGCGAGAUGGACGAGGAAGAGGAAAAUGUUUAUGAAACCGACGAGAUUACCAUUACCAGAAUCUAGUUUACUUAACAUGGAAGAUUGGACAAUUUCUGAUUAGUAUUUACGCAAGUCCAAGUUUGACCAAUUGGGUUUGGUAAUGUUUUAUUUGGCCGAUUCUCCGAUGGCUGCGUUGAUUCGUAUGUGUGUUUCAGCGACCGAAUCUCAAAAAUUUACCGAGUCUCUACACAAAUCAACUUAGUGAGGGUCAUGUCGCUGUUAAGAGUCGUAUCUUGUGACAGAAUAGAACAAGUGUGCACUGUUUGAAACGGUCAAAGACCUUGACUAGAACGUACUAUAAUUUCAAGGACUUAUGACGCAACGUUUUAAAUUAUGUUACCUUUGGUUACAUUGUUUCAAGCAUAUUUUUAGUAGAAAUAGGUUGAGUUUUUGAGUGUAGAUUUCCUCUUCAUUUUUUUCUCGUAUUUAGUUAAUGAAUAUUUUGAAGAAAUUGACAGGUCUGCAUGCGUAAACUUACUCCAAUAAAACAAGUUCUGCUUCCAAACUCUUCAAUGACGGUACAAAAAUAUCAAAUAGUCAAUGAAAUGUGCCAAAAAAGAAUCACCAAACAAGUAAAAAACAAGUUAUCGAAAUGAAGCGACCAUUCAUUUUGUAUUCGAACGCAGUUGGCGUUGAAUUGUUAACAACAAUCAAAAUGACAAUCUAGUCGGCCUAGCCUGUUGCUAAGGUGCCAUUCACCCUUUUCUUGGUAGACUGAUUGCAACCUAUACAACGUUACAUUUUAGUCGUUAGCUUUAGAUGAUUGUUGCGCGUUCAUUGAGUGCGUGAACGUAAGCUCUGAUUAAACCCCUAUUUAUUGAGCAGAAUGACACACAACAGGAGGGUCACAAAAUCAACACCAAAUCGUGCAAUUUGAUUUUUUACGAAGCGAAUUGUUUUACUAUAAAUAGACAAUUUAUUCCUUAUGAAAACCAUUUAUUUAUGCUAGUAGUCAUUGCGUUUCGUGCCAUUACACGAACCUAGUUUUAAGUCGUAGACCAUAUUGAGUUUAAGUUCCAAAUGUAUGUUUUCAUAUUUAGUUUUGUGCCAUUUUUGUUUAGUGUUCGUGCUUUGCAUUAUUUAUUUCCCAUCUUUAAUGAUAUGAUUUCGUGUGUUUGUUUAGUCAUUCGGUAAUUUGUAAGUUGUUCACAAUGGAACAAAAAAUCAUACUUUAAAUUUGUAUUGCAAUAAAGAGCGCAACUUUUUA